AUCUAUAAUUCAGGUGGAUUUAUUUAGUUACAUAAGGCUUAGCACAUUUUGUCUUCGAAAAAAGGGGAAUCCAAACACCUUUUUUGUAAGUAAUCAUGCAGAAUUUUAAGUACCUUCUACCAUUCAUUGCGGUGAUCUUAUUACUUAAUGGGCUUGUCUUGGCAGAGUAUGAAGUGACCUCGAAAGUGUAUUUUGACAUUGCUAUUGGUGAGGAAAAACUUGGACGGAUUGUGAUUGGUCUCUUUGGCAAUGACACACCACGCACUGCAGAAAAUUUUAAGCAGCUCUGCACGGGAGAAAAAGGGUUUGGAUACAAAAAUUCCAUUUUUCAUCGGGUUAUUCGCAAUUUUAUGAUUCAGGGCGGUGACAUCACUAAUUUUGACGGGACUGGUGGCAUGUCAAUUUAUGGACUGAAGUUUGAUGAUGAAAACUUCAAUAUCAAACACUUUGUAGGAGCGCUGUCUAUGGCGAACUCUGGCCGAAACACGAACGGCUCUCAGUUUUUUAUUACAACUGCUCCCACACCAUGGUUGGAUGGCCGUCACGUCGUCUUUGGGAAAGUUCUGGAGGGUAUGGACAUUGUGAGGGUGAUUGAAAAUACUAAGACGGGACGAAUGGAUCGCCCAGAGAAAAAAGUGGUAAUUAUCGACAGUGGUGUUUUUUAGUCCACAUCAAAGGAUUAAGAAAAAGGAAGAAGAUCGGGCUUAUGAAACGGGUUUUAUAUUUUAUUAUCUUGCAUGUAUUUAUUUUAAAUGUAGUUUCGGCAUUCAAGUCGAAUAUUUUACUUUGACGUAUAUCUUUUGUUAAAUCUGAUGGAUGGGCUUGAUAACA